GUGCCAGUGGUUUCCGUUUUGUUUCCUUAUUAUCGCUAGUGCUCAGCCAGGCGGGGUUUUCUGCGCAGGGCUCUGGAGAAACGUGGAAUUUUGGCUGUACGGCACUUGGAAGCUUCAGCCCCGGGGAAAGGUGACAGCUUUUCAUACAUCUGCCAACGUUGUAAUCAAAAACAGCCUGCUGUGUAGCAAUGGAAGCUGAGCAGAAUCAGGAAGUUCCAGAGGCUGUUGCUGAGACACAGGAAGUGGCGAUAGAGCAAGAGAAGACUGAGGCCAAAUGUGAAGAGUUAGUUAAGGCUCCUUCAGAAACUGCAGGAUCACCAGAAACGGCCCCUGAACAGGAGAUUUCACAGGACAAGACCCCAGUGAUGGAAAAUUCUGCAGAAUUGCCAGAAAAAGAGAAAACCACAGAAACUCCUACAAAUGUGGAGAAGUGUCCAGAGAAAACCCCACCUGCUGAGUCUUCUGAGAAGCCUUCUGAGGUGGAAAAGCCCCCAGAGCCAGUACAGCAGAAAGAGUCUAAGGAACCACAGAUUCAAGUAAAUUCUGAAUCCGAGACACGGGAGGAAGAAGCUGUGAAAGAGGUGGAGCCUGUCAAAGAGGCAGAGUCCAAACCCACUGCUGAGAAUGAUGCUAAGCCAGAAGAACUCAACAAAGGUGAGGAGACAAAGACGAAAGAAGAUGAGGUACAAAAAUCAGAUGCUGAGGGGGUUCAAGGGGAGCUUCCAAAAGGGGCAGAGCCGGAGCAGAAAGAACCAGAGCUACCUCUCUUCUUUGGCUGGUUCCUGCUUUCAGAGGAAGAAGAGCGGAUAAAGUGCGCAACCAUGGACUUCCUCAAGACGCUGGACACUUUGGAGGCCUUCAAACAGCACAUCAGUGAAUUUACUGGUGAGGCAGAGAAAGAGGUCGAUCUUGAGCAGUACUUUCAGACUGUAAAGCCCCUCCACUGCACUUCACAUUUCUGUGACUACGGCAAAGAAGAGGGGGCAAAAGGGUAUGCAGAGCUUCAGGUGGUCAAGGAUUCAUUUGGCAAUUCUGACGAGCUUUCCGUCACUGCUCUCAUUGUGACCCCUCGUACGUUUGGGGCCCGUGUGGAGCUGACAGAAGCUCAGAUGAAGCUAUGGCCAGAAGGGAGAGACAAGGACAAGGUUCCUACAUCCCUCCUGCCCAGCAUUGAGGCUCUCCCAGCUGGUAGCCGUGCCCACGUCACAUUAGGCUGCUCUGCUGGAACGGAGACCAUUCAGACCGGUUUUGAUCUGCUGGAAAUCCUGGCCCUGCAGAAAGAAGGCAAGGAGGUCACCCAGGUAGAGAUGGAGAUGGGUACUUUGUCCUACCUGGGUGAGGGCCGUUGGUUCCUUGCCUUGAGGGAACCAAUUACAGCAGACACCACCUUCUCUAGCUUCUCUGAUGACAAGCCUACCUGUGACCAGGGCAAAAAGGAUGGAGAGAAGAAAAAGAAAAAGUGUACCAUUCUGUGAGUGCAAAGAGAAAGAAGAAAGGGGGAGAAACAUUUCCAAAGGGCUCUCGCCCUCGGUUGGCUGCGUAGGAUGUUUUGUUUUUGCAUGCGUGUAGGUGGAUUGAGUGUAUGUUUUGCAGCUUUAGUGUAUGCACAGGGAUGGCUUAGGAUGAUUUGGCAGGCAACGUGAGACCAGACAUUUCCAAAGCAACCUGCUGGCUUCCAGCUUUCUCUUAGCUGGUGCCUUUUUCCUUUUUGUCUGGCAACACGAGCUCAGAGGCCUUAGUAUCUGCCUUAAGGUCAAUAGAUCAAUCUGCAUUAGGUGCUAGUUCACAUGGCUUUGGCCACCACACCAUCCCUGUUCCCUUCACACAGGUGUGUUCAUGAUCGGUCUUCCCUACACUUAGAUUCAGCACAACUGUACCCUGUCCCGACUCAUUUCUUGUUGAUCAGUAGUCUUGUUAUACAGCUCUAACUCCACUUUGAGUUAGUUUUGCUGUACCUUUUUAGACGAUUUAGAUUCUCUAAAUACAUUAAACUUCUAACACGAAUCUAUCUCAUGCAAAAAAAAGUAGUGGUAGUUUUGAUCCAUUUAAAUGUGCGUUCAUCAAAAGAACUUAAGCUGAGGUUUGGUAAAGAGCAUACAUUUGUUAGUUUAGCUUGCCUCUUCAAUGUCCCUCUCUUUCUUCAGCCUUUAAGGAUCUGAUACGACUUGCACGAUGAAAAUUUCCAUGAAUGUGUGCUGCAUCUUUAUUAAUCUUUUAUUACCACUGAUAAUGAUCUGUUGUGUGCAUGCCAACAUUUUCUCACUGUUCUUCUUAUUCCUUGCAAUCACAUAAAUUCACCAUGUUUUUUUGUUUUUUUCAUGCAAAAUUGCAUACUGCCUGCGAGAUGUGUUUUUAGGCUAAAUUGUGUGUGUGUGUGUGUCCAUGGAUGAAACUGAAUGUUCUCUCCUGAGCUGUCUUACCAUUAACAGUGUAUGUCAAACCAAGGAUGACACCUUUUGAAUUUAUAGCCCAUAAUAUCGGCGGACACAUACCCAUACCAUGUCUGUCAAUUUAUCCAUACAAUCAGCUGUUUCCUUACCCAAGUGUAUUCACAUGUGUAAUUACAUUUACGCUUGUAUCAGUUCUGAAAAAAUGUGCACUCUGAAUACUGUGACGAGCAUCUCUCUGGUGCCUUCCUCCUCUGUAGGUUUCUAGAUGGCCGAAGCCAUGCUUAUCUUAGGUCUCUGACAUCAAGGCACUAUGUUUUUGCACUUACCUUGUUUUUCAUUUGAUUUUGUACACUUAAUAAAGGAAUGUGCUUGGCUCUGA